AUGGCGAACGCCCGCGCCUCCACUCCCCGGUCCCACCUCUCUGCUCCGCACCGGCCCGGAGCAGCGUCCCCUGACCCGGAAGUGCCCGGCUUCCCCUUCCGGGCCGCCGACCUCCCUAGCAACCGCGGACACUUCCGCCUGGCAACCAUAGACGAUGAUGCGGGUUUUAAAGUGUCUUUCAUAUUCCCAAAUAAAGACAAGUAUGAGGGGGAGUGCAAAAGGACACCUGAGGGUGUGCUCGAGAGGAACGGUCAUGGAGUCCACACUGGUGCCAACGGAACUACGAAUGAAUUAAUGAAUGGUACUGGAAGGCUAGAGCAUCCUUCUGGGGCAGUUUAUGAAGGUGAGUUCAAAGACAAUAUGUUUCAUGGGGCUGGAACCUACACGUUUCCAAAUGGAGCAAAGUACGUUGGACUAUUCAAUGAAAACAAGAUGGAAGGUGAAGGAGACUUUAUAGAUGAAAAUGGGUGGAGUGGCACAUUUCAUGGCUCAGCAGCAGUGGGACUGAAGCAGAAGUUGAAAAUGUAG